CCGCCCUCGGAGGCGGGACUUCCGGCGUUGCAUGGACUUGGCCAGUGCUAGGAGUCGCGGGUGUAGGCAGAUGUCGGCGUUGCGGCACGUCGUGUGCUCCCUGUCUGGUGGUGUCGACAGCGCCGUGGCUGCGCUUCUGUUGCGGCGGAGGGGUUACCAGGUAACAGGGGUGUUUAUGAAGAACUGGGACUCGCUGAAUGAGCAAGGUGUCUGUGCUGCUGACAAGGACUGCGAAGAUGCUUAUAAAGUUUGUCAGAUCUUAGACAUCCCUUUCCAUCAGGUGUCCUAUGUGAAGGAGUAUUGGAACGAUGUGUUCAGUGACUUUUUGAAUGAGUAUGAGAAAGGAAGGACUCCCAACCCCGACAUCAUCUGCAAUAAACACAUCAAGUUCAGCUGCUUUUAUCAUUAUGCUGUGGACAAUCUUGGAGCAGAUGCCGUUGCCACUGGCCACUAUGCCAGGACCUCACUGGAGGAUGAGGAAGUCUUUGAGCAGAAACACACUAAGAGACCAGAGGGGUUGUUCAGAAAUCGAUUUGAAGUCAGAAAUCCCGUAAAGCUUCUCCAAGCAGCUGACAGCUUUAAAGACCAGACCUUCUUUCUCAGCCAGGUUUCCCAAGAUGCCCUGAGAAGAACCAUCUUCCCCCUCGGGGAAUUAACAAAAGAUUUUGUAAAGAAAAUAGCUGCGGAGAAUAGACUUCAUCAUGUGCUUCAGAAGAAAGAGAGCAUGGGCAUCUGCUUCAUUGGUAAAAGAAACUUCGAGCAUUUCAUUCUUCAAUAUUUGCAGCCUCGGCCUGGAAAGUUUAUUUCUAUUGAGGAUAACACAGUUCUGGGAACACAUAAAGGUUGGUUCCUGUAUACUUUGGGCCAGAGAGCUAACAUCGGCGGCUUGAGAGAGCCCUGGUACGUGGUGGAGAAGGAUGGCACCAAGGGUGACGUGCUUGUGGUGAGUGAGGCUCCCCGGGUAGACCACCCAGCUCUGUACAGGGACUUGCUCAGGACCAACCGUGUACACUGGAUUGCUGAGGAACCACCUGCUGCCUUGGUCAGAGACAAGAUGAUGGAGUGCCAUUUCCGAUUCCGCCACCAGAUGGCACUAGUCCCCUGUGUGCUGACGCUCAAUCAGGAUGGCACUGUGUGGGUGACGGCUGUGAAGGCUGUGAGGGGCCUUGCCCUAGGUCAGUUCGCAGUGUUCUACAAGGGUGAGGAGUGCCUGGGCAGUGGGAAAAUCCUGCGCUUAGGGCCGUCUGCCUACACACUCCAGAAGGGCAAGAACAAAACCAGAGUGACUUCUGAGGUCUCCAGUGACAGCCCAGGCCUGCACCCCACAUCCUGACAAAUGCCAGGCUGUUAGGUGGUAGUAGAGCAGAGUCUGGAGCAGGUUGGUCAGUGAUGGGCUUGGUGCUGCCGGAGUCAGUGGUCUGGCUGGCGGCAGAGCCAGGGCAGCCUGAGGAAGGAGUGUUUCUACACUAGUGCUCCAGUAAACCAGAAGAAUAUGCUAGCUGCUGGUUCUGCCUCGAGGGCCCUGCAGCAGCUGCCCUUCCACAGCGCCCAGAGGAGGCCCUCCGCAGUGGGUGAGGGCUGCGCAGGAGCAGCAUCAAAUAAAACUGUCAAAAGUUUAAGCACUGUGUCUGGGGCUUGCUGGAGGCCUGAGUGGGCUGCUGCAGCUGUGCUCCUUACACUGGGCCUCCAACUAGGUGGCACAGCGGGUAUUUGGAGAGCGGUAGCCUCACACCCGCCUUCCUGGGGCCUGAGCUCUCUCCAAAGAGAAGGCAGGGUAGUCUGUACUAGGUCUUUCCUUGUCUGGAUUCUGACGUGAGAGAUAACCCUGUCCUUGGCAGUGCCCACACCAGGUGGAAGCCAGUGUUUUCCUGCCAGGUUGGCACUGGUUUGAAGUAAACACAUGUCACUCUAGAAGUACACAAGACUAUGUGAGGAAACACACACCAGAAGAUGACCUUUAGCUGGAGGUAUGCAUGGGUUUCAGGCCCAAGAUGGCUCCUUGUGCAGCAACAUCAGGUGGAUGCCUUGGGGAACAGGACCUGUGGGCCAAAGGGAAAGGGGUGCCUGCUACUCUGUUACCAGUUUUUCCCAAGGGUAGCACCACUGGGCAGUUGCAUGAGACAAUACAGGGGACAGUACCGGGGACUGAGUCUUGGAAACUCAACUUUCUGGACAGGAAUCAAGAUAAAGGACCUAAGAGGU